CAUUUUUUUAUUAUUAUUUAUGGGCAAAGGCCCAAAAAAACGUAUCCCGCCAUGGAGUGUUGAAGGCCCUCCUACUGAGUGUAUUAAUCACAAGUUCUAAGGCCCUCUACUACCAGUCCGAUUCCACGCAAACUCCAUCCCCAGUAGCAUGCCCCAGUAUUCAGCCUCAAAAGGUGUACACAAUCCAAUAUUGUAAGAGAACCCUCCUUGCCAUUGCCCUAGAAAUUCUGAUGAAGGGUGCAACCAGCAGGUCCUUGUUGGUCUGAGUGAGCCUCUAAUUUCUUGAGCAUUAUUUUGGAGUUGCCGUCAUCGUCAUCUUACGGAUAUGGCGAGCGAGGGUGGGAAGAGUUUUGCGAGGAGGGAUCGUCUGAGGGAGAUUGAGGUGAAGGUUCAGAAAUGGUGGGAUGAGAAAGAUAUUUUCAAGGCUGAACCUGGCGAGAAACCUCCUGAACCGGGCGAAAAGUUCUUCGGAAACUUCCCCUUCCCUUACAUGAAUGGUUAUUUACACCUUGGGCAUGCGUUUUCUCUUUCCAAGCUAGAAUUUGCAGCUGCUUUUCACAGACUGAGAGGUGCCAACGUGCUCCUUCCCUUUGCUUUCCAUUGCACGGGCAUGCCCAUCAAAGCUUCAGCUGAUAAACUUGCCAGAGAGAUCCAACAAUUCGGAGACCCUCCCGUUUUUCAUGCUCAAGUGGAGGAACAAGAAGCAGAUGAGCCUUCCAAGGCUGAGGAUGGUGAUGGUGAUGGUGCUCCUCCUGAGAAAUUCAAGGGGAAAAAGUCCAAGGCUGCUGCUAAAUCAAGUGGACAAAUUUACCAGUGGGAGAUUUUGCGUAGUGUUGGUAUAUCUGAUAGUGAGAUAUCAAAGUUUCAGGAUCCUUAUAAGUGGCUUUCAUACUUUCCCCCACUUGCUGUGGAGGACCUUAAGGCUUUUGGGUUGGGUUGUGAUUGGAGAAGGUCCUUCAUCACAACAGAUAUGAACCCUUAUUUUGAUUCCUUUGUUAGGUGGCAGAUGAGGAAGUUGAAAUCAAUGGGGAAGGUUGUGAAGGACGUGAGAUAUACAAUCUUUUCUCCUUUGGAUGGCCAGCCUUGUGCAGAUCAUGAUAGAGCAAGUGGAGAAGGAGUUCAGCCUCAAGAGUACACUAUUAUCAAGAUGGAGUUGCUUCCUCCUUUCCCUGCUAAGUUUGGGGUGCUUGAGGGAAGAAAGGUGUUCCUGGCUGCUGCAACGUUGAGACCUGAGACCAUGUAUGGGCAAACGAAUGCAUGGGUGUUACCUGAUGGGAAGUAUGGAGCCUUUGAAAUCAAUGAAACUGAGGUGUUUAUUCUGGCACAUAGAGCUGCUCUUAACCUUGCCUACCAGAACCAUUCACGGGUCCCUGAGAAACCUUCUUGCUUGCUGGAGCUUACUGGUUAUGACUUGAUUGGCCUUCCAUUAAAAUCUCCUCUUUCAUUUAAUGACAUCAUUUACGCUCUUCCUAUGUUGUCUAUUUUGAUGGAUAAAGGUACUGGGGUAGUAACAAGUGUACCUAGUGAUGCUCCGGAUGACUACAUGGCCUUGCAUGAUUUAAAGUCAAAACCAGCUUUUAGGGCAAAGUAUGGUGUUAAGGAUGAAUGGGUAUUGCCUUUUGAGAUUGUGCCUAUCAUUGAAGUUCCGCAGUUUGGAAACAAGUGCGCAGAGACAGUUUGCUUGCAGAUGAAAAUCAAAAGUCAGAACGAUAAAGAAAAGCUUGCAGAAGCCAAGAAGCAAACAUACCUGAAAGGAUUCACUGAAGGAACAAUGAUUGUUGGAGAAUUUGCAGGGAAGAAAGUUCAGGAAGCUAAACCCUUGAUAAGGAGCAAGCUUUUGGAAACAGGUCAGGCUAUUGUCUACAGUGAGCCCGAGAAGCGGGUGAUGUCAAGAUCUGGUGAUGAGUGUAUUGUAGCUCUUACAGAUCAGUGGUACAUUACAUACGGGGAAUCAGAAUGGAAGAAGUUAGCUGAGGAGUGCCUGUCUAGCAUGAGCUUGUAUUCUGAUGAAACACGACAUGGAUUUGAGCAUACUUUAGACUGGCUGAACCAGUGGGCUUGCUCACGAUCAUUUGGUCUUGGGACGCGCAUACCAUGGGAUGAACAGUACUUAGUCGAGUCUUUAUCGGAUUCCACCAUUUACAUGGCUUAUUACACAGUUGCCCAUCAUUUGCAGAAUGGUGAUAUGUAUGGAUCUAGCGAGUCUGCCAUCAAACCUCAACAACUGACCGAUGAUGUCUGGGAUUAUAUUUUCUGUGGUGGACCAUACCCUAAGUCAACUGAUAUUUCAGCAUCCCUUUUAGACAGAAUGAAGCAAGAGUUUGAGUAUUGGUAUCCAUUUGAUCUUCGCGUUUCUGGUAAGGAUCUCAUCCAGAAUCAUCUUACCUUCUGCAUUUACAACCAUACGGCAAUUAUGUCCAAGCAUCACUGGCCUCGCGGGUUUAGAUGUAAUGGCCACAUAAUGCUCAAUUCUGAGAAAAUGUCCAAGUCUACCGGAAAUUUCAGGACAUUGCGUCAAGCAAUUGAGGAGUUUUCUGCCGACGCUACACGGUUCUCUUUGGCUGAUGCUGGUGAUGGGGUUGAUGAUGCAAAUUUUGUCUUUGAGACAGCAAAUGCUGCAAUUCUUCGGCUCACCAAAGAGAUUGCAUGGUAUGAAGAGAUUAUGGCUGCAGAAUCUUCUAUGAGAUUUGGUCCCCCAUCUACUUAUGCUGAUCGUGUGUUUGUCAAUGAGAUUAACAUUGCUGUCAAAACAACUGAGCAAAGUUACUCCAACUACAUGUUUCGAGAAGCUCUCAAGACUGGCUUUUAUGAUCUUCAAGCCGCCAGGGAUGAGUAUAGAUUCUCAUGUGGGGUUGGAGGUUACAAUCGUGACUUGGUGUGGCGCUUUAUGGAUGUGCAGACACGUCUUUUAGCACCUAUCUGUCCGCAUUAUGCUGAAUUUAUUUGGAGAGAGCUUUUGAAGAAAGAUGGUUUUGUGGUGAAUGCAGGCUGGCCGACAGCUGAUGCUCCUGAUCUUACACUGAAGAGUGCCAAUAAAUAUCUACAGGACUCGAUUGUUUUGAUGAGGAAAUUGCUUCAGAAGCAACUGUCAGGCUCAAAGAAAGCAAAUAAGAAAGGUCCUCUAGUUGCAUCACUGACAGAAAACAAAGUAAUAGGCCUGGUAUAUGUAAAUGAACAGUUUGAUGGUUGGAAAGCCGAGUGCCUGAGUAUUCUCCAGAAAAAAUUUAACAGAGAAACUCUAACUUUUGCUCCUGACUCAGAGAUAUUGGAGGCUUUACAGCAGAGUUCUGUAGGUCAAUCUUCCAAUUUUAAGCAAAUCCAAAAGCUAUGUAUGCCGUUCUUGAGGUUUAAGAAGGAAGAAGCAAUUGCACUUGGAGCUCAAGCCCUGGAUUUGAGAUUGCCAUUUGGUGAAAUUGAGGUUCUUCAGGAAAACUUGGACCUGAUCAAGAGACAGAUAGGUCUAGAAGAUGUGGAAAUUUUAUCUGCAACUGAUGCUGAUUCUUUAGCUAAAGCUGGAUCUUUAGCUUCUCUACUAAAUCAAAAUCCUCCAUCCCCUGGAAGUCCCACUGCCAUCUUUUUAACUCAGUAGCUACUGGGUGAGUUUCUGGAAAUUUCUCCUUUCUUAAACCAGGAUGGCGCCAUAAAAAUGGGGUAUUGCUCUUAGUGUACGAUUACAUGCCCAAUGGGAGCUUGGACAACCACAUUUUUUUUGUGAGGAAGGGACCAGAACUACCCCACUAGGUUGGCCUCAGAGAUACAAGAUCAUAUCAGGGGUGGCUUCUGCAUUGAAUUAUCUGCAUAAUGAGUAUGAUCAGACAGUGGUACACAGAGACCUCAAGGCCAGCAACAUCAUGCUGGAUUCAGAAUUCAAUGCACGUUUAGGUGAUUUUGGCUUGGCACGUGCACUCCAGAAUGAGAAAACAUCCAAGUAGUUAGUGUAUGUAUAAGUUUCCGGUUAGACUCUGUGCACUUGUUUGGAAUUUUGAGUGCACUUAUUAUUCUUCCUAUAGUCUGGUUGAAGGAUCUUCGUGUAAUCUCUUAUCUAUCAGGUUCUCCAAUGUCUAAAAAAAAAUUCCUUCUGCUUUCAAAUUUUACAACUUAGCAUGCCCUUAUUGGAACUUGUGAUCUGCAGUUGGAGGGGUUGUUGCAACUUUCUUGAUUGUUAUUUGUGUGUUUUGUGUUGGGACAACAGAUAGUGUUGGAUUCCAUCACACAGGACAAUUGUUAAAUUGGA